AUGAAUAGGUUUGUACUACUGUUUCUUUUUCUACUGCAAUUCUUCUCCAACAAAGCAGAUUCUCAGCAUGCAGAAGGAGAGUUCGGCUUCAAUGGCUACUUGUAUGACAGUUAUGGAACUGCCAAUCUUGACUCCAAUGGCUUAUUGGAGCUAACAAAUACGACCGUUCAAAGAACUGGUCAAGUUUUCUACAACUUACCAGUUCGGUUCAAGAACUCAACAAACAGUACUGUUUCAUCUUUCUCAACCACCUUUGUUUUCGCUAUAGUCUCUCAGUUUCCAACUCUUAGUGGCCAUGGGAUUGCUUUUGCCAUCUCUCCUACCAAAGGCUUGCCCUAUAGUUUUCCUUCGCAAUUUAUGGGGCUCUUUAAUAUCUCAAACCAUGGGAGUUUCUCCAAUCAUGUUGUAGCAGUUGAGUUUGAUACAAUCCAAAGCAGUGAAUUUAAUGACAUAGAUGAUAACCAUGUUGGCAUCGACAUCAAUAGCUUGAAUUCAGUGAAAGCUUCUACAGCAGGUUAUUACGAAGACGAUGGUACUUUCAGGAACAUCUCUCUUAUUAGCCGAAAACCGAUACAAGCAUGGGUUGAAUAUGAUUCCUCAAGGAAACAACUUAUGUCACACUUCAUCCUAUUCAUGUCUCUAAGCCAAAGAUUCCACUGCUUUCUCUAA